UUGCACAUUAUCUUCAAUUUUCACUCUCUUCCACUCACUCACACUCCCAACGCCCACCUCACAAACCCUCUUGAAAAAAGGCUAAGGGCUCCCCACGCCCCGCCCUACACAACAAGGGCACCAAGUCCUUAAAACCACUUAAAGCCCCAGCUAGCUACACCCAGUGCACUACACUUACAACCAUGGCCUCCACAAACUCUAACGGCAGCAGCUGCCUCAUUAAGUACCUAAGAAUCUUGGUUCUUCUCCUCUUCUCCACAGUCUCCAGUGCUUGUGACCCAUGCCAUCCCCAGGCUCCUCCUCCGGCUCUUCCUCCUGCGGCGCUGUCUUGUCCGAGGGACGCGCUGAAGCUGGGGGCAUGCAUCGACCUCCUCGGCCUCGUGAAUCUGCCGAUCGGAAGCCCACCCUCCGACAAGUGCUGCGCACUGGUGGCGGGGCUGGUGGACUUGGAGGUCGCAGCCUGCCUUUGCACCGCCAUUAAGGCCAAUGUGCUCGGAAUCAACCUGGACGUCCCAGUGGCGCUCAGCUUGCUGCUCAGCGCAUGCAGCAAAACGGUGCCACCGGGCUUCCAAUGCACGUAAAUUUUAACAUAGUGUAAGGCAUGGCGUUUUGGAUUUGGAGUAGGCAGCCGAUGGAUGUCGGUAGUGUUAAUUAGUCCUGCAUUAUGUUAUGUUUUGUCAUUUGGGUUGUAAGUUGUUGGGAACAAAAAUGCCACGCUUACCUCUUAAAUAUCAUACUUUUAUUUACUCACAGUGCAUAUUCUGGUACACUAUGGGUAAAUAAAUUAAAAUGUGAUGUUUGGGUGUCAAGUGUAGCACUAGUCUAUAGGAAUGUCUUGUGAUUGUGAGGAAUUUAGAUAGUGAGUUGUGGGUACGUAAUGUGCAAGAUUUAAUUAAUUGUUCUCAUAAUUUGGCAAGUAAUUUUCCAAAGUUUAA